CCGGGUUCGGCUUAAGCCGGUGCCUGGGGAAGGCAGCGCCGAGCCGCGAUGCUGCUCUCGCUGCUGGUGACAGCGGCGCUGCUGGCGCCCGCCCUGCCUGCGGGGGCGGGGGCGGUGGCAGCGGGGGGCUGCGGGCCCUGCGAGCCGGCGCGGUGCCCGGCGCUGCCGCCGCGGGGCUGCCCGCUGGGCCGGGUGCGGGACGCCUGCGGCUGCUGCUGGCAGUGCGGGCGCGGCGAGGGCGAGGCGUGCGGCGGCUUUGGCGGGGGGCGCUGCGCCUCGGGGCUGGAGUGCGUCAAGAGCCGCAAGCGCCGCAAGGCGAAGAGUGGCUCCGAGCCGGCUGCCGGCCCCGCAGCCCCUGCCCCGGUGGGUGUGUGCCUGUGCAAGAGCCGCUACCCGGUGUGCGGCAGCGAUGGGAGGACCUACGGCAGCGGCUGCCAGCUCCGAGCCGCCAGCCUGCGAGCGCAGAGCCGCGGGGAGCCGGCCAUCGCCCAGCGCAGCAAGGGAGCCUGCGAGCAAGGACCCUCCAUCGUGACCCCUCCUAAGGACAUAUGGAACGUGACAGGGGCACAGAUCUACCUGAGCUGCGAAGUCAUGGGCAUUCCGACUCCUGUCCUCAUCUGGAACAAGAUCAUUCGGGGACAACAUGGUGUCCAGAGAAUGGAGCUGCUGCCUGGUGACCGGGAAAACCUGGCAAUUCAGACCCGAGGUGGCCCUGAGAAACACGAAGUGACUGGCUGGGUACUGAUAUCUCCUCUGAACAAAGAAGAUGAAGGAGAGUAUGAGUGUCAUGCAUCAAACGCCAAAGGAGAGGCAACAGCUUCUGCAAAAAUCCAUGUUGUGGAAACUCUGAAUGACAUAGCCCUGAACAAAGAUGAUGGUGCAGAGCUGUGAUGUGAGGACUUCCACUUAUGCACAGUUUUAAGUCAGUAUUUUGGAAGCCGCAACUUCUGGCUUUUUCUAGCUCACUAAUCAUUCUCUUACUUCCUUUAUUCUUUGAUUACCAAUUUGCUUGCACACUACUUUUGCAGAUAUACAAAUAAAGAGAUUCACGAGUUUGAUUACAAAGUUUAAUUCUAUUUACAGGAAAUAAACAUAUUUUUUGAACAGCA